AUGUCUCCACUAGAUCGUCUCCAGAAGCUCGCGUCGCAUUUCACGUCGGCCUCGCCCGUGCCAGGCGAUCCAGUCGUGCAGGAGGGCGACAGCCAUGAAUACCACCACAGACAUAAUUUCCAUACGUUGAGCCCCACGAGCUUUCUGCCACGUGCUGCGGCAAUUGAACCUGAGGCUACUGCGAUAUACCACGUAACCGCGAACAACAAAAUCCUCCGCCGCUCGUACCAAGAGACUGCCGACCGCGCGCGCGGACUUGCAUACUUCCUGCGCAAGCACGGCUACAAGCGCGUCGGCAUACUCAGCACCAAUACGCCCGCGUUCCUCGAGUCCAUCUUCGGCAUCGCCGCCGCGGGCGCCGUGUCCGUCGCCGUGAACUAUCGUCUCAAGACGGACGACAUCUCGUAUAUCUUCCAGCACUCCGAGGUCGAUCUCAUCAUCGCGGAUUUCGAGUUCGAGAACCUGUUGGGGGCGUAUAAAGAGGCGAGGCCGAAUGUUCCCGUACUCGUUGAUAUGGAUACCGAUGCGACGGAGGGGCAAUUGUCGGGACCGUUCGACGAUGCGGUGUUGGAGGGGUUGACGUAUGAUAGAGAGACGGGCGGGAAGGCGUGGGCAGGCUUGGAGGCGCAAGCGAAGAAUGAAGAAGACGUAAUUGCGCUCGCGUACACGAGCGGCACGACCGCGAGGCCAAAAGGUGUCGAGUAUACCCAUCGAGGAUGCUAUCUUGCGGCUGUCGGUAACGUGAUCGAGUCUGGGCUCAACUACCACACCGGACGGUGCGGUUAUCUCUGGACGCUCCCCAUGUUCCAUGCCACGGGCUGGACGUUUCCUUGGGCUGUCACGGCCGUCCGUGGCACGCACUACUGUUUGCGAAAGAUCGAUUAUCCCGAGAUCUGGAGGCUGUUGAAGGAGGAGAACAUUACCCACUUCAAUGCAGCACCGACGGUGAACACCUUAUUGUGUGCUGCGAAGGAGGCAGAGAAGCUCGAUAGACCUGUCCGCGUCACCGUCGCUGCUAGCCCACCAACCGCACAUCUCUUCGAACAGAUGACGAAUCUCAAUCUGCAUCCCGUUCACGUAUACGGAUUGACGGAGACGUACGGCCCCAUCACGAAGGGAUACCACAUGCCUGAAUGGGAAGAAGUUCCAGUGAAGGAGAAGUACGCAAAGAUGGCCAGGCAAGGUCAUGGUUUCGUGAUGUCAUUACCUGCUAGAGUUAUCAAAACUGAACAACCCGAGGGCGUCUUGAUAGAUGUGAAGCGUGACGGCCAGGAGAUUGGUGAAAUCGUUUUCGAGGGCAAUAUCUGUGCGAAGGGAUACUACAAAGACGCCGAGGCGACGCGGAAAUUAUGGGCUGGCGGUGUGAAUCACUCUGGUGAUCUUGCUGUUUGGCAUCCCGAUGGUGCUAUCCAGAUCCUGGAUCGUGCAAAGGAUAUCAUUAUUUCCGGCGGCGAAAACAUCUCUAGCGUCGCACUAGAGGGCAUGCUUGCGACCCAUCCCUCCAUCCUCGAAGUCGGGGUCGUCGCCGUUCCCGACUCGCACUGGGGCGAGCGACCGAAAGCCUUCAUCACGAUCAAAGGAGGCGAGUCUGUGAAGGGCGAGGAUGUCAUCGAGUGGGCGAAGCACAAGAGCGAUAUCAGCAAGUUCAUGGUGCCGAGAGAGGUCGAGGUCGUCGAGGAGCUUCCUAAGACGAGCACUGGAAAGCUAAAGAAGAAUGUAUUGCGGGAAUGGGCGAAGGGAAAGCGGGAUGCAAAGUAA